GUGCCCUGAUAUUAAACAAAUCAUUCAUUUCAUUUCCCAUUAAGAAAAAGAAAAAUCAAAACCUGCAUCUUGACAAAUCCACCAAAUAAAACCUGGGUUUUGCCUUUCACUUUCACUUUCACUUUCACUUUUCAUAAAGCCUGCCUUCCCUUUUGCUUAACCUUCACUCUUCCACCUUCUCUUCCUCCCACUUCAAACCCUUUUUCCUGUAUAAAUACCCCACUUCCCCUUCUUCUUCUCCUUCAUGCCAAUACUACACUUGAGAAGUAUUGAGAUUCAUUUCAUUUUCCUCUCCUACGUCUCCUGUUAGAUACAUAAUCAAAGUUACUGCUUCAAGAUGAAGAACAAGGUGUCUGGUUUGUUGAAGCAGAUCAUAACAAUGUUGACCACAAUGGCCAAGGCUAAAACCAUGGCGCUCAAGUCCAAAACCAGGGCUCUCAAGACCCGUCUCAUUAUUUUCUCCUUGCUCCGUAACAAGAAGAUCCUCAUUACCUCCAUCUCCCACAAGUUCAAUGCUUUAAUGGGCCAAACCCAAAACAAGUACCAAGAUCCUGGGGAACACACCAGAGGCAUAGAGCUCCAUGCCCCCAUUCCAGUUGAACAAGAAGAUGAUCAUAAUAACGACAAGUACCCAGAUCUCACCCACUCCAUGUUCGACUCGGAAGAUGCAGAGUUUGAAGAUGCGGGUGGUUCUGUCAUAGACAUGGUGAAGACCUCGAAAGAGGAGAAAGGGGAGGAGUUCAGGCUGGAGGACGAGAUAGACCGGGUGGCAGACUUGUUCAUAAGGAGGUUCCAUCGCCAAAUGUUGAUGCAGAAGCAGCUCUCCUUCAACAGGUCACGAGACAUGGUGGACUCCACCCCAUGAAUCGUAUUGCAGAUUCAGUAUAUAGAGGUGCAAAUAUGGCAAUUGGCACAGCCACAUUUUUAUGGCUGGUGGGAUACAUGAACCUCUACAUUCACCUCGUGUAUUUACAGCUUUUCUCACUCUUAUUCCUCUGCUUUAUUCACCCUUUGUACCCAAACUUGUAUAAUUCGAGAUGACCAAAUCAACAUACUACUUCAUAAACCA